AUGUCAACAGACUACGAUACUGCGCGUUCCAGCGUUGCCAACCACGUCACUCGUAUCAUCGACACAUUCUUGUCCGGACUCAACACAACUGGUGGUUUCAACGACUAUCACCGAGAGAUAUUGGACGAGUCUAGGGAUUCCAUGUCCAGAGAUCUCGACCACGCAAUCACCACAGUACUGCAGACAGAGAUCACCAAUAUGGAAGGGCAGGGACAGCCCGUGGGCGAUAUGUCUCAGUUGAAGUUCUUGGCUUCUCAUGUUGUGCCAGUGGACGUGGAUGAUGUGUUGAUGAUUGGAUCUAUCAACGGGGAGGGUUGGCCCGAAACCGAAGAAUUCAACGUCCCUCUCGAACCUUCUACAGCGGAGGAGGUUGAGGCCAAGAAUAGAGCUCGGGAAGAAAGGGAAGCCAGGAGAGACCAAGAAGAAUAUGAGGCUUACAAUAGAGCUCGGGAAGAAAGGGAAGCUAGAGAAGAGGAAGAAGAUGAUGUGAUUAAGGACCGAGAGGUGAUAGAGCUGAGAGACGACGAGGAGUGA